AUGGAAGACAUCAAAAUUCCCUCGCCAUCGGCCAUUCUAGAUCCCACACCGCCACCCGUCUCUGGUGGUCCAUCUAGAGCUCCCCCGACACGGAAGACGCACCCGCCGCCAGACAAGGCUGGCAACAAUGCCAUAGCUAACAAACCGAAGCAAUCCAAAAGCCGUAACGGUACGGUCCUACCACUUCUUUCUAAUCCGUCUCGUAGGAAGAGGGGGAGGCGUCAUGAUGUUGUUCAUUCAGGAUGCAUCACCUGCAAAGCCAAACGCCUGAAGUGUGACGAGACGAAACCCACCUGCGUGCAGUGCAAGAAGCGAAACGUGGAUUGCGGUGGCUAUCGGAAGGACUUCAAAUGGCGGCCCUUCGAAGAGAGCAACAUCGUCGGGAAAGCAUCGACGUCCAGGUCGAAGAAAGUCUCCUCGUCGCCUACCAGUGCGCACCAGACCACUCAGCUCCCGACUCCCCCAGCUACAGGGAGUACGGCGCCGCGGAAAGCGAAGCAAGCAACCAGGUCGGAUGAUUUUUCGUUAGGAUUCAAUGAUUUCUUGCGUCCCCAUGAGCCGCCGCCGAAAACUGGUGGCAUGGAGGGUCACCCGAGCAGCUUUCCAAUGUCGCAGAAGAAUCUCCUGUUCGGUGCUGACAAGUUACUGUGCCAAACAACUGCCAUCAACCUAGAGGAGGACCCUAUUGCAGCGUCCUUGAAGGACAUUCCCCCGCUAGAUGACUCCACAUGGCUGCCACUCUCACCGGACGAGCUGGGGACGAACUCUGAGCAACCCCCCAGGGCGGCUCCAGAGGAUGACAGUCCCCAGCGAAACGACGACUUUAGUUUUUCAGCUCUUCUUGAGGAGGAUGGCGAGGUGGAAGAUGUGAUCCGCAACCCAAACCGAACCUCUGCGACCGACGUCGCACCAACGACUCUGUCCACUUUCCUCCAAGGUAUAGGCGCAGCACACGACCUGCCCCGAGAACCCAGGCUCGAUCUUGGGAGCCCCGAGCUACUAGUCGUGCAGUUCGACCGGUUCACAUGCGGCAUCCUCUCCAUCAAAGACGGCAUCCGCGAGAACCCCUGGCGAACGUUGAUCUGGCCGAUGGCAAAAACCACCCCGGCACUCUAUCACGCGGUCUUCUCCCUAGCCGCCUUUCACUGCAGCAAGAGCCGGCCCGCACUGCGCGUCCACGGCGUCGACCACAUGCGCAAAAGCAUCACCUACAUGGUGCAGGACAUCCAGAACAUGCGUGCGGACGCGGCACUCGCCACAAGCCUGGCGCUUGCCUUUGCCGACACCUGGGACCAGAACACGCGCACCUGCAUCCAACAUCUGCGCGGCGCCAAGGCCCUCGUCUCGCAGGUCGUCAGCUUUGGCCUGCAGAGCGGCAUGACCGGCGAGGACCUCGAGCGUGUGCGCUUUCUGUACAACACCUGGCUAUACAUGGACGUGAUUGCGCGGUUGACGGCCCGCGAGGACUGCGGCCAUCAAGCGGUGGAUUUCUCGCUGCUGCACUUCCCGCGCGACGCCGUGCACCAGAUUGACCCGCUUAUGGGCUGCGCGGCGACGCUCUUCCCGCUUAUCGACCGAGUCGCCCGCCUCAUCCAGCGCGUGCGCCGCACUGACUCCAACUCCAUCUCGCUCGUGUCACAGGCCAUCGAGCUCAAACGCCUCGUCGAGCAGUGGGAGCCACCGGACUGGUUCGAGCCGCCGCAGGACCCCACCUCCGAGGUCCAGCAUAGCAUCCAGACUGCACAUGCAUAUCGCUGGGCGACGCUGCUGUAUCUGCACCAGGCGGUGCCAGAGAUGCCAUCCGAGCCGGCGCCGGAGUUGGCCAAGCGCGUGCUCAUCCUCUUGGCGACGGUGCCGCCCAGCUCGCGCACGACCAUCAUCCAAAUGUUUCCGCUCCUCGCUGCGGGCUGCGAGGCCGCCCAAGAGGAGGACCGGCAGUGGGUGCUGGGGCGGUGGGAUGUGAUCCAGUCCCGGCUCAUGCUGGGCUCGAUCGAUCGAUGUAUUGAGGUCGUCCGUGAGGUCUGGACGCGGCGAGAUGUGUUCGAGACGGAGAAGCAGCGGCGGUUGCUCCGCGAGCUGGGUGCGCGUGCUGAUCCCCAUCUUCCGCUUGAUUCAAUGGGACCGGAUGUGUAUGGGGUUACGGGGACGACGGCUGUGCCGUCGAGGGUGCCGUCUCGACGGAGCUCAGCGGUAUCGGAGCUGGAGAACAUCGAAUUCGAGAAGACUGUCCGAGGCCAUCUACACUGGGUAAAGGUGAUGCAAGGAAUGGGGCUGGGAGGUCUUCUUAGGGUAAACACGAUCCACUGCGGCUUCCAGCAUUGCUCCCCUGCAGCGGGCUACCUUCCUUCGCACAUCGCACACUCACCCGGCCAUUCUUGUCUCCAUUUGACAGACGGAUCUCUUUCUGGAGGCUGGACAAACCGGGCCGAUUCUGCACUGCAUUGGGCGCGGGAUCUUUGA